CAUAAAUCUGAUGACAGAGAACGUCUUUUAGUUUCCCACAGCACAUCUUCAUAUAAUUCAGUAAUCAUCAGUCAUUAAGCUCCACAAAGAUUCUUAAAACUUCUCAAACGAAGAUAUUAAGCACUCUCCCUGAAAGUCUCUGCUUCUUAGAAACCCAUUCUUUCUUAAAUUUCUGCUUUCCUGUUACCAUGGAGAAGGUCCAGUACAUAACUCGCUCUGCUCUGAGGAGAGCCUCAACUAUUGAGGUGCAUCCACAAACACGGCAAAGGCUUCAGGAGCUUUUUGUAAACUUCUGUCUUAUCUUGAUAUGUCUGUUGCUAAUAUGCAUCAUUGUGAUGCUUCUUUGAAGUCCAGUAUUUUUGGUUGAUCUAUCUUAUGCAAUGGGAAAUGCACGAGAAGGAGAAAAGAACCAAACAAGAAACAUCCAGCACAAGGAAAUCUAUGCAAGAAAGUCCAGCACUCGGUCUAAAAAAUUUCUCACCACCUCCACUCUUACUCACUGUAACCAUUAAAAGCACCUGUACUGAACAGUGAUUUGAAAACUACUAUCACAAGGCGAUGCAUGAGCUAAUUCACCUGCUUCAUUUUUAAAGGAAGACUUCUGUGGAUGUUGAUGAUUAGUGUUAUGUGUAAAAUGUCCAACUAUAAAAUUUUAAAUAGCAGCCUUGAAAUUUUGGUUCCAGAUUAUUUGUUUGUUAUUACUAAUCAGCUAUAAGUGCUUAUUUUCAUGAAUAAAGAAUGGGCUGAAUGCACUAUUAAAUGCACAAUUAAAUCCUUAUAUUCUAGGAGUACUUGGAUUGUUAACUGAAGCAUUUAUUAACUUCUUUCCCCCUACAUAUUCAUAAUAUAAACUUUGAAAAGACAAUAAAGCAUUGCAUAUUUAUUGCCUCGUUCUAUUGAAAUACAAUUUAUACUUUUGAAAUGGUAUAUCAUAGGGCAACAAUUUUUGAAUCAAUAUACCUGAAAUGCGAUAACUUAAAGAAUAUAUCCAAAAUCUUUACUCCUUGGAAUUGAAAUUUUGCAAGAUAAUGAUGAGCAUUUCCAAUGCUUGCAAGUCUUCCUCCUGGCCAGCAGGAAGCCAGGGGUUGAUCCUGCUUCAAACUGCUUGUUUGCCUGGCUUUUUUUCUGAUUAGUUAAGCAAAUAUCUCAAAAAUGAUCUCAUGGAUUGUCUAAUUUGUAUUUAUAAAUAUUGAAUAUAUUCUCUCCUGUAACACUACUGAUAUCUUCCAGGUAACUCAUUAUACAGUUGCUCUUCAUUCAUAUAAUUUAGCAAGAGGACUAGAUGGUGAAUUCUUGCAAGUGUAAUCUUUUCAUGUUUUUGUUCUGUGAAGAAUCAGUCAUAGUCAAAAUAAAUAAAUAAAUCUGUACAACAGCUUUUUAUUGUUUGCAUUAGAGGUUCAAUCUGUCAUUAGACUGCAUAAAAUAAAUAGCAUGUUUUUUAGCACAGCUUAAAAAAAGUGAAUAUUUGAAUCUGAUUUCAAUUUUUCCCCAAAUAUGACAUUAAGUGGACUACAGAUAAAAAUAUUUUGGUUGUGUGAAACAUCUUUUAUAGAAUGGUUCUUCUUAUCACUUCUAUGAAGUUUAUAGGCUGUUGCUUUAACUAUACAUGUAUGUGUAUUUAAUAUCACUAUACCUAAAGUAGUAAGAAACAAAUGUUGAAUGAUUGAUUACAAUCUUAGAAUAAUUCCACUCACUGAGAAUGUACUCUUCAUAACAUAAUUGUUACAUAUGAAUUUAUUUUCCCUACCGAGAAACAACCAGCUCUAAAGUUUCCAAAAAUAAUGAAAGCUAACUGUUUAACAAGGUAUUAUAUUUUAUUUUAAUUCUCACUGCUUAAUACACGAAAAUGAGUUCAGUCAUUUUUGUACAACACUAUAGAGUAUCUGACCAUAAAUAAAGUAUGCCAAAAUUAAAUCUAAAGAUCAUUGUUUUCACAUCAUUAUUGCCUA